CGCUUGUGCAAUGCCAGGAGAGGACAGCUCCGGGUGCUGAUGUUGGAGCGGGUUAGCGAACCCCGAGAGCGCCGUGUGUGGAGCGUGGACCGCGCGGGCUGUGCACGCUUGACCAGCCUCCAGGAGCAGCUCUGUCCUAGUCAGAGAGGAAGGACGUUUGCCUACCAUGAGACACGAAGCGCCCAUGCAGAUGGCUUCUACUCAAGAUGCCAGGUAUGGCCAGAAAGACUCUUCUGACCAGAACUUUGACUACAUGUUCAAAUUGCUGAUCAUCGGCAAUAGCAGUGUGGGGAAAACAUCUUUUCUGUUCCGUUAUGCAGAUGACUCCUUUACAUCUGCAUUUGUCAGCACCGUUGGGAUCGAUUUCAAAGUGAAAACUGUGUUCAAAAAUGAAAAGAGAAUCAAGCUUCAGAUUUGGGAUACAGCAGGCCAGGAAAGAUACAGGACCAUCACCACAGCCUAUUAUCGUGGGGCCAUGGGCUUCAUUUUAAUGUAUGACAUUACCAAUGAAGAGUCCUUCAAUGCAGUACAAGAUUGGUCAACUCAAAUCAAAACAUACUCUUGGGAUAAUGCCCAGGUUAUCCUGGUUGGGAACAAAUGUGACAUGGAAGAUGAACGGGUCAUCUCAACUGAGAGAGGCCAACAUUUAGGAGAACAGCUCGGGUUUGAGUUUUUUGAAACAAGUGCCAAGGACAACAUUAACGUCAAGCAAACAUUCGAACGCCUUGUGGAUAUCAUCUGUGAUAAAAUGUCGGAGAGUUUGGAGAGCGACCCUGCCAUCACUGCCGCAAAGCAGAGCACAAGACUCAAGGAAACCCCUCCUCCCCCACAGCCCAACUGUGGCUGUUAAUGGCCCCUCCCACAGGCGGGAGCUCUGGUUGCCAAGAAGCACCAUUUAUGAAUGGCCUACUAGCCUUCACUUAUACUGCCUAAUAAUUAUUUGAAGGAAGUCUUUAAUGUCAAUGGCCUGUACAUGCAUUCAAAUCGUGGGAGAUUUCCUGUGUUAAUAUGUGGCAAACAUAUGAUCUUAAAUUUGUAAGGACUGUUCAUCAUCUAUAAACAUCUGGGACUUGCAUGUGACUU